AAAAUUUAUAUACCGGCUAUUUCGCCAUCAUUUUCGCCAUCAUCUACAUUGAUUUUUGACAGAAGAUAAAAGGGACGCGGGUUUACUUUACAUAAAUCGGAGAAAUAAAUUGGGAAAAAAGUGUUUUAUCGACAUUCAGAGUGACCACAAAGCAGAAAAAUGGACGAUAAUAAUUCGCCAAUCCAGGACAGCAUUAAUUCGGAUCGUCAACGCGACCGUUCUCGACGGGGAGACAAGGGGACACGUUUCUCAGACGCAGUUGAUUCCGGCAACGAACGGGAUCGCAGCGUUAAUCGCGGCGUAAGCAAACGGAUUUAUGUGUCAAACAUCCCCUACGAAUAUAGGUGGCAAGAUCUGAAAGAUUUGUUUCGCCGGGUCGUCGGAACGGUCGAAUUUGUUGAACUGUUUGUCGAUGAGAGCAAUAAGCCGCGUGGAUGUGGUAUUGUCGAAUUCAAGGAUGCAGAAAAUGUGCAAAAAGCAUUGGAGAAAAUGAAUCGAUACGAACUGGGUGGACGGGAAAUUGUUGUUAAAGAAGAUCAUGGCGAAGAACGAGACAAAUACGGUCGUAUUGGUCGAAAAGGCGGUGAUGGUGGAGAUAGGGGAAGUAGUGGUCGUGGUGGUGGUGGCAGUGGAGGAGGUGGUGGUGGUGGAAGUGGAGGACGAUCAAGUGGAAAUAAUAAUUCUGGUAAUCGUGACCGUGGACGUGAUCGCAGUAACGACAAUUUCAUGAUGAGUCGCGGCGGAGGCGGUGGUAUCGGUGGCGGGGAUAACGGAGGCUUUAAUAAUUACAAUGAUAAUUAUAAUGACUCGUCUUCUUACAACACGUAUGGUUUGAGUGCGUCGUUUUUAAAUAGCCUUGGUAUACAAGGGCCUUUGCAUACCAAAGUGUUUGUCGCCAAUUUGGACUAUAAAGUUGAUGCUAAGAAAUUGAAGGAGGUCUUCAAACUAGCUGGUCGCUUGCACAAUGUUGACUUAGCUACCGAUAAAGAUGGUAACAGUCGUGGCUUUGCCGUCAUUGAAUUCGAUCAUCCAGUCGAAGCCGUUCAGGCAAUUUCGAUGUUUGACCGUCAAAACCUCUUCGAACGCCGUAUGACUGUGCGUUUGGAUCGAGUUCCAGAUAAAAACGAACAAAUGAAGCUUCCGGAAGGUCUGGGAGGUAUUGGCAUUGGACUUGGACAAAAUGGUGAACCGAUGCGUAACGUCGCAACAAAUUUCAUGCUAAUGCAACAAAAUAAACAGCAGCAGCAACAGGUCCAACAACAGCAACAACAACAAAACUCAUGUUUCGGCAAUAAUUCGAAUCCAGCACCGGUACCGGUUGCUCCGCCAAUGAACAACGGUUCGUCGAGUAUUUUGGGUGCGGUACCCAAUGCGAAUUUGUCGAGCAAUCUGGCUGCAGUUGUGGGCACAUUGGGACUCGGAGCCCUGUCUAACAAUCCUCUUCUGACUAAUGCUGCAGCAAGUCUUAACAAUUUGGGUCUGAAUAUCGGUGGCGGUAAUGAUCAAACGAGUGGUGGCGGCGGUUCAAACUACAACAGUCAACCACCAGCUUUCCAGUCACAAUCAGUGUUUCCUUCCAACUACAACACAAGUUCCAGAGGCUCCGAUUUCGAUAUGCAAGUUUCCAAUACGCGAAGCUACAACACGCAGAGCCAACAAGACUACAAUACCAAUCAGGGUGGACAAAUGGGUGGUCAGGUGGGUCUUGGCAAUCAGUUGGGAAGCGCUAAUCUCGGCAAUCAACUUGGUCAUCAGUUGAGCUCUGGAAUGGGAGUCGGAAAUCAAAUGAAUGUGGGCGGUCAAAUGGGUUCCGGUAAUCAAAUGGGUGGAAAUCAGAUGGGUGUGAACAGUAUUCGUGGAUCUGACACAAUUGUUGUUAGAAAUCUGCCAGCCAGUUGCACAUGGCAAACACUGCGUGACAAAUUCCGCGAUGUUGGCGAAGUUAAAUUUGCCGAGAUUCGUGGACAGGAUUGUGGAGUCGUUCGUUUCAGCAAGGAACGUGAAGCUGAAAUGGCUAUAAAACACAUGGAUGGUUCUCGUAUUGACGGACGACUGAUCGAUGUGUCAUUCUUCUAGAGACCUCGUCUUCCAUCGAUACAAAUUACAUAUUUUCAAUGAACUUUAAUCAAUUAAUCUGACAACGUUAAUAAGACCGUCAGCUGUAUUUUCUACAUCCCAUUUUAGACUCAAGUUUCCGACGAGACUCUGUAAUUACAUUUGAUGUGAAUGUAAUCAAAUAAAUAACUUAACGU